AUGCCAGAUGCAUGCGUGUUUCUAGGGUGUUGCAUCGAAUAUAAAACAAAACACCGGAUUUCUGCACAUUGCAUUGCAAAACAAAUGAUAUUUGUAAGCACAUUUAUGUAUGUGCUCUAUGCAAGCACUGCAUUUGCCAUUUCAUCUUCUAUCAAGUCUGCUCCGUCCUCAGGAAUGUCAUAUACCACAGUGAUAGAUGCUGGCUCAACAGGAACAAGAUUGGAAGUGUAUGGGUUUGUGGGGCAAGAAAUCAGGCACCAAGGACUAUUUACAAACACGCCCGGGAUUGCAGACAUGAAGGAAGACAGCCAAAUAAAACAGUCGGUGACAGAAUUGCUUAUGCAUGCUGAGCCAUUCUACAAUGAUAUCAAGACCAUGCCUAUGGGAUUUUAUGGAACAGCUGGGUUCCGAGCACUGGGUGCUCCACGCACAGAUCAUAUUCUUGAGCUCGUCAGGAAUGAAUUGAGUGGAUACAACCUUAAAGAAGCAAAGGUGGUCAGCGGAGAGGAGGAAGGCAGGCUUGCACUGAUGUCGUUGAUAAUCUCAAGCAAAGAGAUUGGAAACAGCAGUAAUAAGACCGUUGGUGUCAUAGACAUGGGCGGGGGAAGCACACAAGUGUCAGUGCUGAAAAACAACGGGGAAAUCAGUUCAGAAUCAAUCAGCCUUGGCAUAACAGCCAUCAGCAAUGCGCAUGACAUGGAAGACUGUGCAAUCAGCAGCCAGGAGAAGCAGGAGUCCUGUGCACAAAAAAUCAUUACAAAGCUCUUGAGUGUGCAAAGCAAGCCGAUCCUCAAUGACAUCGACGACCUGUAUCUGCUUUCAUACUUCCAUGAUGAGUUUGCCAAAAUUGUCAGAAGCACAGAAACAAACAUGAGGGAAAUAAAAGACCAGUUCUACAAGAAAUGCAGUCUCUUGGAAACAACAGACUGUAGAAACAUCUUCUAUCUGAUCUCAUUCAUCAAUGCCCUUGGCAUCAACGAUCUCAAAAGUAUCAAGAAAAUAGAUACAAAUAACGGUAUCAACAUUUCCUGGGCAUCAGCAAAAGGCUAUGAGCUCAACAAAAUACACAAUAAAUAA